GCCUACGCGGGCGGAAGCGCGGGUGGGGGCGGGGACGGGGCGGGCGUGCGAGAGGGGCGGAGCUUCCCCCGCCACACCGCCGAAGCAGGUGGUGGCGGCGGCGGAGGCGUGUUUGCUGCCACCUGCCCGCGCGCCCGCCCGCACCUUGCUCACCGUGCCGCCGCCUCCACCGCCACCGCCGGGAGCGGCCACGUCGGCCGCCGCCGCCGCAGACGUAGAAAGCAGCUCGCUCACGCGGACGCGAUCCGAGCGGCGAGCGGCGCUGCGCCCGAGUCAUCGCCAGUGCCGGGGCCGGCUGCGACCGUGGUGGAGGCGGCGGCGACAGCGGCAGCGCGGGCGCCCACUUUCCACGUGGAGCAACAGUCCAGCACCAUGGCGGCCACCAUCACCAUCGACGACGCCGGUGGCGGCGCCGGGCUGGCGGUGAUCAGCACCAAAGAGGGAGGCCCGGAGAUUCGCAGGCCCGACCGCGCCCCCGCCGCCGCCGCCUCGGUCGCCGCCAGCAUGGCCAGCGUCAGCGGCUCCUCGCUCACCGUGGGCCGCGUGCCGCUGCUCUCCACGCUCGUCGACUGCCUGCUCGUCGUGCUGCUGGGCUUGGCCAUUCUCUUCACGUACCUGUUCGGCCAGCCGUACCAGCGGGGUUUCUUCUGUGACGACGACUCCAUCCGGCUGUCGCUCAAGGGCGACACCGUGGUGCCGGCGCUGCUCAUCGUCAUGUCCGUCCUCGUGCCCACCGUC